UUUCGCGCUUGUCUCAAAUGCAAGCGAGUCCGCCUUGGCAGCGCUACGCGGUAGUUUCCGUUCUGCUCCGUUACGUUCGGUCCCGCCACGCUAACCAAAGCCUAACUCAAGCCUACACUCAAACCCUAAGUCAAAACCCGUCGCUAAAGUCAAGAUAAACUUUCCCAAGAUCGACAAUGAUUUACUGAGACCCGAAUAACACGAUUUAUAAAAGUGAAAAUGUACGAAAAUCAAAGAGGUUGACGGCAUUUAACGCAAUCAAUUAAAACAAAAACGAAAAACAAGAGAAGUAGACCGCCCCCGAAGACAGGGAGGAAGACCCGGGGUUCGGUCAAACAGCUCAUCAAUAAACGAUACGACUUCCGUUUCCUUGCGUGCUUUACCUGUGCAUGGCUAUAUGUGUGCGUGUGUGCGUGUGAGUGAGUGAGCUAGCGAUUGUGUGUUUGUGCGUGCCGAAGGAAACUUUCCAACUUCCGGCCAAGUGACAUCGAUUUAAUUUCUUUGGUUUUUUUAUGGUCAAGGCAUUUAAAUAAUUUUACUAUGGCAGUUUGGGCGUCUCAGCCGUCUACCCUGGUCUGUUCUGGUCAGCCCCGAACUAUGAACUGAACUCUGACCGCUAACCCAACGACUUGCCACACACAUAAAAAGGCAGUAGCAGCAGCAGCAGAAGACGACGGCGGAGGAGGUCGAUCUCCACGUAGCCACUCCCAUUUGGAAACAGCACCAAGAAAUUGAAAUGUGAAUCGAACUGAAGAUGAAGACGAACAUAAACGGACUGUGAUAGACGAGUAUACGAGCAGAACAUCUCACUGGGAUUCUGCCCCAAACACGAUUUCCGAUUCAAUCAAAUUGAAUUCGGAAUUGGACAUUGAAACGAUUGGACCUUCACUAUUCAAGCGGGCUACCAGCAAAAGGCGACAAGCUGUCGACAUUAUCCAUACGCAACUUCUCGGCAAACAUGCUGAACAAUCUUGGGGCCAAUGUGCUGGGCCCCAACGAUUGUGAUCUGCCCAAGGCCGCACUGACGGCGCUGCACGCGGGCGUUAACAGCUUCGGACAGUUGCCCGGUGCUCCGAAUCUGGCUGAUCUCGGCGGUUCGGGCGGGGGUGGCGUUGGACUGACAGUUGGAGGUGGCGUGUCACGCCUCCACAUCUCCGGUGGACUGUGCGACAACGCGAACAACAGCGGCAACAACAGCAGCGGCGGAGGCGGAGGUGGUGGCAGCGGCAACACCAACAUGCAGCAACAGGAUCAGCUCCUGGACAAAAACAAACAGAAGAGACACCGCACGCGCUUCACCCCGGCCCAACUAAACGAGCUGGAGCGGUGCUUCUCAAAGACCCACUAUCCGGACAUUUUUAUGCGCGAGGAGAUCGCCAUGCGCAUCGGCCUCACCGAGUCCCGUGUCCAGGUCUGGUUCCAGAACCGACGCGCCAAGUGGAAGAAGCGCAAGAAGACCACCAAUGUCUUCCGCACCCCGGGAGCCCUGCUGCCCUCGCACGGACUCCCGCCCUUCGGGGCCAAUAUCACGAAUAUAGCCAUGGGUGACGGCCUCUGCGGCACCGGAAUGUUUGGCGGCGACCGCUGGAGUGUGGGGGUCAACCCCAUGACAGCAGGCUUUGGCCAGCUAAAUCAGUCGUCGCCGCUAUCUUCCUCGCUGAACAGCGGCCUCAACUCGGGCAUUAACAUGGGCUCCGCCCUGGGGGCGGGCAGCUAUCAGCACUACGGCCUGAAUGCUCUGGGAGACUCCAUGAUGUACCAGCACAGUGUGGGCGGGGUAGCCUGCGGGCCGAGCGGCUCCCCGAGCGCCACAACACCGCCGAACAUGAACAGUUGCUCCUCGGUGACCCCACCGCCAAUCUCCACACAGCCAAACGCCAGUCAGAACGAGCUGAGUGGCGAGUCCAUGCCGCUCCACCAGCAGCAGCAACAGCAGACUCACCAACAACAGCAACAGCAGACUCACCAACACUUACAGAUGGCUCCGCCGACUCCAUCGCAGCAGCAGCAGCAGGAAGGACUCCACUGCCACCAGUCGAUGCAGUCGCCUACAGACGGUGCAACCGACGAGGACGUGUGGCGAGGACAUAGCAUUGCAGCGCUGCGGCGGCGAGCCUCGGAGCUCAACGCCACGGCUAUCCCAUCGUACUUGCACCAUGCCGCAGCCGCCCACAACAACUACGAGCAUCACAAUUCGGUGUACUGAAAUUUGUUGAAAAGCUUUGAAAGCUUUUCGGAUUACGGUUUUACCCAUUGCGGGAACCAUGACUUCUAGGGCCCGAACCCGAACCCCAACAAUUUGACAGCCACUGGCAAUGGAAGCGAGUGGAAGCGAAGCGUUAUAAGAUAACCAACUCCUAUGCUUAGAGUAUUGUACAAUUUAUGUAUUUUCGUUGUUGGUUUCUGAUUUCUUCAUCCAAGGAUGACCGGAGAGGUACCCGGAUUCCCCGGGAAGAGAGUGUAUUUUGGACUUAAAAGACUAUAAUGAAUGUAAACAAUGUAUACGAGAAACAAAACUUGAGAAGGCGGCAACCUAAGAGGAACCCAAGUUGUUAAAAGAAAACCAUAUAUAUGAAUGUAUUCCAAAAUAGAGUCAUAAGCACACGCACAUUCACAUCCACACGGAAAUUAUAACUAUUCCAGCAUAUACAAUAUAUAUCUAGAUACUAAAUAUAACAUUUACUGUAUGAGUAUACGAAAAUUGUAAAAAUUAAAUUGCGGAAUAGAGAGAGCAGUCCUUCGAUGAGUCACAAUAAAUUUUGGCAAGGGAACAUCUCAAAGUUCUCCGCUUAGUUCGUACUUAUUUAAGCAUACUUAUGCCUAGGAGAAGGAGUGUAUUUAAGUAGACCUAUACUUUUGUAAGUGUUGUUGUUUUUGUGUAUUGGCAGUGUUCCGUUCAGUUGCUAUCACUUGAUCUAACCAUACGAUACCAACAUAUGCAAUAUAAAACGAAAUAAAACUCAAACUAUAGGAAAAUACGUACGUCUGUUUGUGUCAGGCAGACGCGACGCGACUCGAUUCUGAAUCUGUUCUGUUUCAGAUUACUUUUACGAUUUCCAAUUACAAAUUACAAAUUAUACAAAUACGAUUAAAAUUAUAUAUACGUGCAUACGAUUAUUGCAUACUUGUAAUAGACUUUCUUGUAUCGAAUAAGCCUAACUUUAAAUCCAACUAAACAAAAACGAAAAACAUUUAAUAUGUAUGUAACUAUGCGUAUUAUUAAAUAGUAAACUAAAUUAAAUAUUGAACGUGAUUUGCAUAAUAGAAGAACACAUUUA